ACAUUCUUUGCAUAGAUGCAUCCUCGUUCUAAUAGCCAGGAAGUCCUCUCUUCUUCCAUGCUCUAGCUCUAGCCACCUCUUCUGCAGGGCCAGAGGAGUGGGAAGGGGGAGAUUGCUUCAGAAAUAAGAUGUGCCCCUCCCUGUUUCUUGGAUCAAGACGCGCGGCAGCGUUGCCAAAUGCGAGGACACCGCUGGCUUGUUUCUAAGUUGACUUUCCGGAGCGAUAUUUCAAGUGACUAAAGAGUGGUGGGAGACCUUGAUGGUUAUGUCUCUUCCGAAGACGCCCUCCACGUUCCUAACCUCCGUGCCCGCACCUGAGGGCAAAACGUUAAAGGUGUCUGCCUCCAAGGAGGAGACGGGACUUCCUGAACUAAAGGAGAAAAAAAGUAUAGUGGAUCAUCCUAAACCCCUCCCAACAUCCCUUCAGAAUGAGUUCAUCCCUGAGGAAGUUCUUCUUUCUUUGACCUGUACAGCCAAUGCUGGUCCUUGUCCUGAAAACUUACUGCCUCCUAAGAAAAUUAAAACCCCAAAGGGUACUCUUCCGCGUCCUGCUGACCAAGUCUGGUAUCACCCUAUUCGAAGAAAUAAGUUCAAAUACCUGAUUGACCAUCCUGUUUCCCUAACUGGUGCUGGAAGGGAUAUUUCUUUUCUGUACGAUGUUAAAUAUGUUAAAGGAAAGGCCAGGGAGAGUUUACUUUGUCCCCCACGUAUGGAACAUUCAUUACAGUCACAUGAUGGUGUCAUUGUGCCUCAUAAACCAAAGAAACUAACGGAUACCUUGCUUCCUGAAGAAUUUCAUAUUGUGUCAAAUACAGGAGUUGCAGGUUUGGAGUGUUAUGAUGACAAAUAUACUACUCUCCUCACAGAUAGUGAAAACAGGCUAUUGCUCUUCCCAUCCAUGAAACCUAAUAAAAGAGUAGAAGUGGUCCAGCUGAAUGAUGUGAUGGAUGCUAUGCUAGAGAGGGCUGGUGUGGAAAAUCAGGAAUAUACAGGGCCAACUAAGAUGCACGAACUAUUACAUAUAUUGAAGAAGGAACAGACCAUUUACAAUACGGUAUUUCAUGAACUUAUUCGACAAGUCAGUGUGGACUGUGCAGAUAGAGGAGAACUGCUGUCCAAAAUCAGAGAGCGGUAUGUACAAAUGCUUGACCAAAUUGCCCGGCAGAUGAUUGAUUUCUACAAAGACUUGGUAACUCAGCGAAUGAUGGACCAGCGCAUCUUAGAAGAACUAUACAAUUUUAAGAAUGUUAUUGAAGAACUGACCAGGGAGCUGUGUCUGGUUCGGGCACAUGACAUGAAAUUAACAAAGGAAGCAGAGAAGGCCCACAAGGAUUUAGCACAAGCUCUUCUAGAUGCUGAAAAGAAUGCUAAGAUUGUAGAAGAAUACCAUGAUUUAUACACAUUGCAAAGAGAAAGGAUGGAAUGUGAUAUUAAACAGUUAAUGGCAGAAAGAGAUCUCUGGAGCUCAGCCACAUAUGAAUUGGCCCUAAAGGUAAUUGAAAAAAAUAGAGUCAUAUUGGCUAAAAGACUUUACCUCAAUGAAAAAGCUUGGAAUAAAUUUGCUAAGCAUUUCAUCAUACUGCUGUCAACCAAGGACACUGCAGACCUUGCACUACUGCACAAGUUGACACAGAAAUGGAGAAGCUUAAUGAAUAAAUAUAAAAAGGAAGUGGAACAAAAUGAAGAGUCUACAAGGGAGAAAUUGCAAACUGUUAAGGAUGGCCUUAGCAAAUGGCAGGAGUUACUCAGAAAUGAGAGUAGAAGAGACACUUUCUAUCCUAGUAAAGAAAAUAUAUUUGAAUCAGUCCUUCCAGACUUCAACCAGUGGCAAAAGAUGUUGAAUGAAGAUAAAGACAAAUUUACUGGGGAUUUUCUAAUGUCAAAAUAUGAUUCUCUCAAGAUUAUUAAACAUUUACAGGAAAAUUGGAUAGAUAUUGGAUUUGGGAUAUUGGGUCGCCAUAAAAGUAUGGAGGGGGAGAUGCCACCAGAGCAACAGCAUAUGAAAGAAAUUGCAAAAACCAUAGGAAGACUCUACAAAGAAUUUGAAAUAAGAAUAAAUGGGGAUAAUGGUAUCUCUAAAAUUCUUCCAAAUUUGGUUUGUUCUCUUGAAUUCUGUUCUUUCAAAUUGGCAAGUGUCCUGGAGUUUCCUGAAAUGCUUCUUGAAGAAUGGCAGGGACUUAAUGAAAAAGUUAAUGAAAUGAAAUCUCAGUUGGAUGCAGCAUUAAACAUUAUUGGUACCGUUCCUCAGUAUAUGGAUAUGGAUUCUGGCUCAGUACUCCAAGCACAAAUAUUUAACAUGAUUCAACAAUGGCUUUUGAAGAUAGGCAAUGAGAUUAACAAUGGUAACAUUGAACUUCAGCGCCACAUAGAUGAAUUGCACAUAUCUAUGAUCCAGUGGAUGGUAAACUUGCUGAUUUUAAUGGUGCCUGACUUUAUUGACCAAGACACUCUCCCAAAUUUGAAGAAGGAAAGUACUGAGAAACAUGAUCUAGGAGUUGCACAGUUAGAGCUAGACGCGAUUGCACUGACCAGAAAGUUGGCAAAAUAUUCCAGCUAUUUGAACAGUUGUUGCAAAGGGCUGGUAACAGCGAUCGCUCUGAAUAAAGCAGGUCACUUAGAAAAAAAUCCUACUAAGGAACUUCAUGAGCUGGAUGAGAUGAAGAGAGAAUGUUAUGAGUGGAUCACUACAUGUUCUCACCUCCUUUCUGGGAUCAAAGGCAGAAAAAAAAAGUUACUGACAAAGGAAGAAAAAGAACACCUACUUGGAGAAGAGGAUUUUGUUAAAGAAUUAAUUGAACGUGAAAUAGAUGGGCCUUUUAGAAAGGAGGAAGAAGAAAGCACAAAUGAUUUUGAGAUGGAAACAGAAAAAGAAGAGAAGCCUUCAACAUCUACAGAGGAGGAAAAACUCAUUCGAGUAAUUGAAAAAGAUGAAAAUGUUCAUUCCAAGCCUCUUUUUGGAGCAGAUGUGUUUUCUUCCUGGAGAGAAUCAGCUAAUCAAGGAACAUUGGCCCCAAAGUAUCUUGAAGCAAUGGCUAUAAUUGAACGCACACAGGAGAAGUUAAUAUUUCGGUACCGGCUCUUUGCUUACUUGGAUUUGACAGCCUUUUGGAUUCCAUAUUUUGUAUUUCGGCACAUCUGCGUAGUUCAAAGCUUUGCCUGCUCCUUUGGCUUCAGAGUCUCCCAUUGCCUCCAGCCAAGACUACUCAACCUAUGGCUUUCAGCACUGCCACUCCCCCACAACCACGUAUGGUCCUUGAGAGUAGGGAGAAAAACUUUUUUUGAGAAGAUAUGGAAAUGUUUUCAGAAAUGGAUGAAAUAUCCUUUUGAAACAAAACUCAAAGUUAUCAUCUCAGUACACAGUAACUAUAUAAGCUGAUUUUUUUAAAAAUUAUUUAUUCAUGAGAGACACACAGAGAGAGACAGAGACAUAGGUAGAGGGAGAAGCAGGCUCCCUAUGGGGAGCUUGAUGCGGGACUUUAUCCCAGGACCCUGGGAUCAUGCCCUGAGCCAAAGACAGGUGCUCAACCACUUGAGGACCCAGGUGCCUGCCCUAAGCUAAUUGUUAACAUAAUAAAUGAAUUGGGCAUGAUUGUAUGAAUAUGUAGGUUUUGAAAUAAUCUAACAGUUCUGCAUAAUCUUGGGAAGAUGCACUGCUUGGCUAACACCCUAGGGUUUGCAGGCUUGGGCUAGAAUGUGUGGUUUCCCCAGCUUUGGAUGGAGGUGAGGAAGAGGCUUAGAGACAUAUGACAGACACGGCCCUAGGAUGGCAUCAUUAUAUACUGCUAUAUUAUCACGUACUGCUAGAGAGUUUUUGGUCUUUUGUUGUUGGAGAACAGGAGGAUUGGCAGAGAGGGCAGUAAUGUGGAAGUAAUCCAGAGGGAACAGGAAAGGUUAAGCAUCCUUGAUCUGGGCCUUGUUUCUGUUACUUAAACAGAGUGGGCAACCAGCCGGUCCCUAACAGACAAAAUGCUAUAAAAGUUUCCAGGUCCAUUCCUAGGAGCUCAGAAUACAUUUUCUCUCUGAAAUAAUGCUCCAUAGUGAUUUAUAGACUAACAUUCAUAAACAAAAACCCUUUACAGGUGUGUUUAUAGAAAAUGCUUAAAGUUCUCAUUUAGGGAUAGCAGGAACACAUCUCCAAUAUAAUAUCUUUGAAUAACAUAAAGAGUAAAAAGGCAGUUUGUAGGACAGAGCAACCACCAAAUAGUUGCCACCAUUUCUUUCUGUACUGGCAAUAUGGAAAUUCCCUUUAUAAGAAGCAUUUUAGUAAUAUACAUGAUGUUAGUAAUAUUUUUAUAAUGUUAGUAAGAUUUUAUAAUAUUGAUUUUUUAAGUCUAUAUAGAGGAUUUGCUAUAUACCUCAAGAGGCUUUCUUAUUUACUUGGCUAAUUUUUUUUUCUGUAGAUACAUAUUUCUAAUUGUGUAAGAGAAGUUAAUGGAAAGUAAGACAAUAUAUUUAUAUUAAAGAAUAUCUGUACUGGAAAAGAAUACUCCAGGGCACUUAUAGAUCACAUAAUGUCACCACUGUUUGAGAAAUAAGCAAGCUGGUUAAUGCUGUACUGAGAAUAUAUCAGCCCCAUGUUUCCAGUGAUGCUCCUUCAGAUUUUAGGCAACAUGUAUCAGGUAAAUGUUUUUGUCCUUUUAUUUCUCCAUUUUAAAAAGGAGUCUCCAUAAAAAGAAUCCCUUUUAAAUUCUUUUAAUUAGAUGUGAAUUUUUAUAUUCAGCCCAAGUACAUCUUAUUUUCUUUCAUCUGCUCAGGAACAUUUAAGUGUCUCUGUGGUGCCAAUAUGUGGGUUAGAUGUGGAGACCAUAGGGUGGGACACACAAGGUUGAGUGGUGGAGGUGGUGGUGGUGGGGCAAGUGACCAAGAGUUCAUAGUACAGCUGGAGAGGAGUAAGCAUCUUAACUACAGGAUGACAGUGAAGUGUGAUGAACACAGUAAAAGGGACAUGUAGAAAGGGCCACAGGAGCAGGAAAGACCUUGCCAAAGGGGCCAGAGGGUGUACAGUAAAAAAAAAAAAAAAAGACAUUUGAACUAUAUCUUUGAAAGUCAAAAUUUAGCCA